UUUGGGUUGAGCGACAAAACGGAUCAUCAAAGAAUUUGAAGACAAACAGAAAGGAUGAAUUUGAAGAGACACGCACACGCAGUUUUGUUCAAGAUGCUUACAAGAGUAAUUUUGUUAACGCUGUUUUCCGGACCUCAAACCAGUACAUUAUCUUUUCCUUAUAAAAAACACAUUGUCACCUCCAAAACAUGCUCCUUUUACCAUUGUGACCACUUUCAUCGUCAAUGCCACCACCAUGUCGACAUUCACGUCGGCCCUCUCCUUCCAGCGUCUACUCGGAUUUCAAGAAUUCGUGCAAGAAUUUUUUAACCUGAAUAUUUCAGUCAAAACUAAAGGUAUUCUUCCUUCUUUUGCUUUUGCUCUUUAUCCAAGAAAAAAAUCUACAAUCAUGGCGGAUACCGAUUACCCUCGCAUGAAAUGCCCAUCGUAAAUCUGAAUUUUAUAAAUCCGUUUAGUCGGCAAUAUCGUGGUAAACCCAAUUAAGAUUCAUCGGACUCGCAUGGCUCAACGUAAUUAGCGCUUAUUUUAAUUUAUUAAGUGGUUUUGUACUGCCUUUGGUAGAUCGCGUGAGAAUAAUAAGACCAAGUUUUUUUGUAGAUAGAUUUAGCAACAUUGUAUCUGUGCAUCGCAUAUUAGAUGUUGCUACAACGGAAUAUACAACUAUUGACUUUCGUCUUUUUCUUUAUAGAAAAAUAUAAAGCUGUCCCUUAUAUAUAUAAUUGAUAACGUUGUGUACGUGGGAAGUAAUAUUAGAUUUUUU